UCACAACCCCCAAGGCCCCAAUGCAUAUUACAACCCCCUUCGUCUUUUUACAUCAUCACGCACAUGUAUAAAUACAUACAGCUUAUUAUACACGCUCUUUAUUCUGACUAUUUCUCCCUUCAUUUCUUUACAAGCUGAGUACAUAACUCUCGGAUCUAAAACCGAGUCAAACCUACCGUAACUCAACUCGUUCCUCGACUCAGUACUGAAAAACACUUUUAUUUUCUCAACACGGAUCUGAGCUAUAACAGUGAGUAUGUCUUGGGCGACGGCGUCGUAUUGGUGUUAUCGGUGCACUCGUUUCGUUAGGGUUUCGUCAAGUAACGAUCAUGUUAUUUGUCCGUACUGCGACGGAGGGUUUGUAGAGGCGGUGGAUGCGGCGCCGGCGCCGGAAUCUCAGCGCCGGAGGGAGGUGUAUGGGAGGAGGAGGAGGAACGGCGGCGAUCGGUCGCCGUUUAAUCCGGUGAUUGUGCUGAGAGGCGGCGGGGAGGGUGGAGAUGGGGGAAGUUUCGAGCUUUUUUAUGAUGACGGCGCCGGAAAUGGACUCCGGCCGUUGCCGGAGACGAUGUCGGAGUUUCUGAUGGGAUCUGGAUUCGAUCGGUUGCUUGAUCAGUUGUCGCAGAUUGAAAUGAACGGGUUAGGGCGGUCGGAGCAUCCGCCUGCUUCGAAAACCGCCGUUGAAUCGAUGCCGAGAGUCGAGAUCGGUGAUCGCCACGUCAGCGGGGAGUCUCAGUGUGCUGUGUGUCAUGAAUCGUUUGUUUUAGGUUCUGAAGCGAGGGAGAUGCCGUGUAAGCAUUUGUAUCAUUCCGAUUGUAUUCUCCCGUGGCUUGCGAUGAGGAAUUCGUGCCCUGUGUGUCGAUUUGAGCUGCCUGCGGAGACGGGGAACGAGAGUGUAGAGGGGAAUGUGGAGGAUGAGGCGGUUGGAUUGACAAUUUGGAGGCUUCCUGGUGGCGGAUUCGCGGUUGGGAGGUUUGCCGGUGGACAGAGAGGUGUAGGAGGCGGAGAACGGGAGCUUCCGGUUGUUUAUACAGAAAUGGACGGCGGUUUCAAUAAUAGUAAUGGCGGUGGUGUGCCGAGGAGAGUUCAGUGGGGAUCAAGAAGUAGUAGAGUGAGGGAAGGUGGAGUUGGGAGGGCUUUCCGGAAUUUUGUGUCGUUUUUUGGGAGGUUAAGGAAUUUGAGUCAUUCUAAUUCGUUGUCUUCGAGGUCGGGGAAUCCAAUUAGCAGAAGCAGAAGUGUGUCGAGUUCAACUUCGACAUCGAGUUCAGUGUUUAGUAGAUAUGUGAGGAGGCGCCGUGAAAGGAUGGAUUUUGCGUAGAUUGAAUUAGUUAAUGUUUAUCUUUUAAGUCUUGACAGGAAAGUUUAUGUUGAAAGCUAUGUUCUUUGAUUAAAGGGAAAUGUAAAUAACAGUAGAUUUGCUGAAUUUGAGAUUACAGUUCUAAAUUUUAA